AGAUUAAGUGCGCGUGAACUGCUUCAAGUUUUAUUUUGUGUCCCUUCUGGUCUGUUAACUUGUUGCCUCGCGUCUUUCGCCUUGAAUAAAAUGACGGCUUGUCUUGUACCGGAUGUGCCCGCGGUACGGAUCGCCUUAGAACAUUUAAGCGAAUUAGAUAAACGAUUGAGAGAAGAAAGUGUUUCAUUUAGUCAAGAAGCAAGUCAUCACCUGAGAGAGAUAUCUGAAGCCAUCAAAGAGCUGGAAGCAUGUAGAAAAACUGCACGUGACAAACUUGAGGUUGAAACUAUCGAAACAAGCAAACUUCGGCUUCAAACCAUUAAUGAUCAGGAUAAUAUUACAAGGGAAUUAUCAGCUUGCGUCAGUGCGGCGAGAGAAGGCAACGCUGCAGAGUUGAAUCAACUUCAGUCUGAACUAAAAACUUUAGUACAAGACAUUGAAUCCAUGGAAACAAAGCAGCAACUUCUCGAGCAAGAAAAUGCUCUUCUUUUUCAGGAGAGAGGAAACUUGAAAGAAAAAUAUGGAGAUGCCAUUGACCUGCUAAACCAGCAGCUGUCGGAGAAAGCCAGUAUCCAGAUUCUGCUGACAGAAAAGCAGAAUGAGAUUAAUUCCUUAAAGGAGAAAAUUCAGCAGGUGCAAACGGCUCAACAGGACCUCAAAGAAGACAUGAUUCAGAAGAGAAAAACAUUUUUAGAGAACAAACACACUCUGGAAACUGAGAUAGACAUAAUUGUUCUUAAGAUUAAAGACCAAAGCACAGUCAAUGAAGAAACAUGCAAGGAGUUGGAUGUCAUUACAUCAGAACUCAAGGACAAGGAGUAUACACUCACAGGAUAUAAAAAAAAUAUAUCACAGCUGGAGAAAAUCAUCGCUAGACUGCAUGCAUCUAAGACGAAGUGUAAAGAAUGGCUCGAGGAGAAGAUCAAUGAGACUGCAGAACUUGAUCGACAAAAGGAUUUUCAUGAGCGAGAACUCGCUGAAUUGACAGAAGCAUUAGAAAAGGAAAUUCAGAACCUUCAUGAGCAAAUCGAAGCAAUUGAAGAUGAGAUAGAGGAGGAACAGAAAGUGAGAAAUGCUCUUUCGGAGCCUGUAACUAAACUGUCAAACAUCUUCAACACUCAGAGGAAAGAGGAAGAUGAGGCGAUUGCAGAAAAACAUAGUCUGUCUGAACGGUUACAGGAGUCUAAACUGUCACACGAGAAGCACAUUAUAUCCACUGGCAAAUGUAAAAUUGAAAUCAAAAAUAUGAAGAAAGAGGUUAAACAGCUUCAUGACACUAAUAUAAUAAGUACAGGUUUGUUUAAAAAAAAACUGGAGGAGCUCGAAGCUCAGGUGGCCAUGGAGAAGAGGAAGAGAGCAGCGUGUGAUGAAGAAAGAGAAAAAAUAUAUCAGGCUCUCAAAACAUUCAAAGAGGAACACGAAGAACAUGUGAGGGAGCUGAAUGAUGCCAUUGAACUAAAAGAAAGGAGAUAUGAAGAACUACUGGAGGAGGAGAAGAAACUCCAGGAUCAUGUAUUAUUGAGUUCAACAAUAAAGGAUCUUGCGAAGGAGCUGGCCAGCACUAAAGAAGAAGGAAAACAACUGGAAAUAAAGUUCCAAGCUGAAAUCCUACGAUUCACGGCGGAAGCAGAGUCGAUGACCCAAACUCAUCUGGAAAAGGAGCAGGAGCUCAAGGUCCAGGAGUCGAUUUUACAGCAGGUCAAUGCUGAAUUUAACAUUGAUCAUCUUAGACAUCAGACUUUGAAGAAACAAACAACAGAAUUGGAAACCCAAAAAAAUAAUCUCGAGCUCUCCAUUCAAGAAGUCACAAAGCAGACUGCAGCUCUCGUAGAACCAAAGGAUGACCUGAAGAGAGACCUAGAGACCUCAAGGGCAAAGCAUAUGGAGAUGCUGACAGCUCACGCAGCGGAGAUGGCUAGCGUUGAAAAAAGCAUCUAUGAGAAUGGGGUCAUGCUGGAGCAAGUGAAUAUGGAAAACAGUCGUCUGCAUGUGUGCAUUGAACAAAUGAAGGAGGAAAUAUCUGAUGCACAGAAAGACAAAGAGCAGUACACACAAGAAACCGAAUGGAUGAGGAAACAAGCGCCAUCUCUGUUUAAGAGACUUAAAGAUGUCUGGACCACAGAUAUGGUUCUUACUGAGGAAUCAGCAGAUAUGGAGCAGAAGAUCAUGGAGAAUAUAAACGGACUCAUGAUCAGGAUUCAAAACCGACAACAUGACAUCAGUGACAUCAACAGCAGACUGGAAAAAGAGUUAAGAGCCAUGAACAUCAUGAUAUACAAUCCAAACAAACAACAAAAGACUGGAAAUAAACCAUCCUAA